AUUCUUCAGAAGAAGUAUGCGUUGAUGCGUGAUCUUGACAAAAGUUUGCAAGAAAUUGUGAGGCAAAAUGAGCAACGUUGUGAACAAGAAAUAGAAGAUAGUAAACGAGGAGUAAGGGCCGGAAACAUUACACCAGAUACUUCACUUAUUAGAUUCUCCGAUGAGGCACUCGAUGAACAAAAGCAUAGUAUUAGGAUUGCAGAUGAAAAGGUUGCCUUGGCCAUUCAGGCAUAUGAUUUGUAAAACACGACUGGCAACAGCAGCUGCUUCUUCUGCAGCAACAGAAGUGGCAGCAACGGCAGCAAAUCCAACCGGUAUGGAAUUAGACUUGCCAGUGGAUCCUAACGAGCCGACUUAUUGUUUGUGCAACCAAGUUAGCUAUGGCGAGAUGGUGGCAUGUGAUAACCCUGCUUGCAAGAUAGAGUGGUUCCACUUUGGCUGUGUUGGUCUGAAAGAACAGCCGGGGAAAUGGUAUUGUCCGGAUUGCGCAGCACUGAGAAAUCGUCGUAAAGGAAAAUGAUAACGAUAUAUAUAUAUAUAUAUAUAUAUCUGUUGGGAAGCUUGUGCUGGUGCAUUUGGAUUGCCAUGCUGCAAAAUCUAACUUUGCAUAAUCAUGUUGUUAACGUUUCCAAGCAUCUUUGUUUGCA